AUGACACUUCCCUUCGACGGCCCCGAGCCGCGCACGUACGCCGACCUCCUCGCUCGCCUCGACGGCCAACUCGACGCAGAUGACUGCGACAGCAUCGAGUUCGUAUCCGCGCAUUUGCACAUGCUCCGGCGCGAUCCGUCGAUGUUCAACCACUCUUUCGGAGGCGACGGAGGAGCGGAGCCAAGCCCGCAGUUCCUAGUACUUAUGAGCGACGUGGAGAGAGUGGGUGUGCAGGGGUGGGUGAAGUGGAUCGAGGCGAAGAGGAAGUAUGGGGGCGCUUAUGAGAGUAUGCGAGGAGCGUGGAGUGCGAGUUGCGAGGAGGCGGCGGAGUCGAGGAGGAGAGAGCGGGAGUUGCUGGAUGAGUUGGAGCAGGAGAGGUUGGCGCGCAAGAGUAGGUCUCCGACUGGGCUCCUGGAGAAGAAGGGGUUCAAAGUUGCAGCUGGACUGCAGGGGAGUGGUGAGGUGGAGAAGGGAGGUGAUGCGGACAGCAUUGAGCAGCUGCAGAGGCUUGUUGGGAGGUUGGAGACGCAGCUUAAUAGGCUCGAUGGGUUGAGAAAUGCUGAAGAGGAGGGGCUGAAAGAAGCGCUCUUUGGAAAGCUGCCGAGUAUCCCUGAAGAGAAGGUAUUGAAAGAAGCCCUCUUCGGAAAGCUUCCGAGUAUCCCUGAGGAUUUCGAGGAUGAGACCGAUGACGAGAGCUAUGACGGGCAAGAGAGGGAUGAGGAAGGCACUACCGAUGCUCCAACUCGAAGACCCCGGCCAUGGUCUGGUUCUUCCACUAUUGUCGAAGUGGGCAGUGCUAUCGGUCGACCAAAGACGGGAGCCGGUAUCUCGAAUGUUGCCGUUAGUGCUGCCGCAGCCGACGCUGAAUAUCCGCCUCCACUCACUCCUAGCGUCGUAGACACAGCGGACGAGGAUGAUAGAGACGCCAGCAUUUCCCGCGAAGAGAACCGUCUCUGGGCCAAAGAGGAACACGAACGCUGCAACUCGUUCACCUUUGACACACUUUCGCCAUCUUCACACUUUGCGAGCCGUGAGAGCGAUGCACUGCCGAACUACAUAUAUAUUCCUCUCCCAGCGGACUUCACCGUUCCAACUCAUAGCGCUCGCACGCCUUCCUUAACAUUCCGCACCCCGGCUUCAGUGUUCCACUUCCCUCACGGCGCAACAAGAGACCAACUACUUCGCCUCUUGCGCCUACGACGGGCUGCGGAUAUGCCCGGACCCAGCCUAGAAUCUCCAGAGGAGGUCAACGUCAUCCGAGUCCGAACUCAUGUAAUGGAGUGGGAGCUCAAGAACGCGAUCCGAAAGUACAUGACAAGCGAAGAGUGGAACACGACGGGUGGUCAGCAAUGGAAGUCCGAGGGUGAAGGCGUUACGUAUAUUGUUAGUAAGCCAGAUGUUUACUUCAGUGGCAUGUCAAAGCUGCCAAGCAGUGGGAGUCACGAGGGGAAAGAGCAGAGUGACGAGGGAGAGGAGAUGGAGGGAGAGAACUGGCAUGAAGUGCCACAGCUCAGAGGCGGAGCCGGUCUUUCGCCCGAGGAAAUGGGGCAGAGGCACUACGACAAGGCGAGACCAGGCCAACAGAGCGAGUUCAUAUCGGACUACAUCGUCCUGGACGGCAUUCCAGGCACCAACAAACCUUCUUCGCGCUCCAACGCCCAGCCCUUCGAUAAUUCCCAUCAGCCUCCCAGUCCCGCCCCCUUGUACGCUGCCAUCUCUACCUUCGAGCAGACUUGGAUUCAUUACGUCCGCGUCCUGCAGCUCAAGAAUGCCUCUUCUGAGCGGCUCAUCGAGUACCUUCGCGCGCGUAUCAAAGACGACGAGGAGACGAUUGAAUGGCAGGAUGACAAGUUGGAGGAUAUGUUUUGCGCAAUGGAGCAGUUGAGGAGGGAGGUUGGGUUGGCGAAGGAAGAGGCGGCAGCUGCGAGGAUGGAGACGGAGCAGUUGAAGGAGGUGAUGAACUCCGUUAAUGGUGUGAAAGGGUCUACACUGGAGGAAGAGCUAGGACCAGAAGACGAGCGGGAAGAAAGGCUGGAAUAUGAUGAGCUUGCAGAGCCAGUGUCAUGGGACGGUCCGCAUACUCCUGGUAUGCGCGGUGGAGGAAGCCCACAUCAGUACACCGAGGACACUCGGGUUCCACAAAACACUGCAGAUCAACAGGAACCCACUACGCAUGAAGAAACCGCUACAGCAUUCUACUUCUUUCCCAGCGUAUCCAUCAUCGCGCUCCUCGGCCCUCAUCUCCGCUACUUCCAAUGGCCUCGCCGCACUACUCUCCCACAGAUUCGCGACAUCCUCGAACACCGGCACGCUCAUGGCAUGGACGACAAUAACCCCUGCCUUAGACGAAUCCGCGACAUACUCGAGAUGAGAGAGGAGAACGGGAUAACGCUUCCGGAUGUGCAAGACGAGCGCAUGGUACUAAUCAGCAUUCCGCAAGAGAAGGGGGAUGGAGACGAUGAGAAGCCGGGCAAGGCCGCGUUAUGGGAAAAAGGAUUCGGCCCAGAUGAGUAUGAGAAGCUGCGUCUCGAAGCGCUCCGCGGUCUGAACGUGCCUGUGGCUAAUGAUCGAUCCCAUCUCUCGCCUCCCAGCAGCGGAGAAGACGACAAGUUCUACGAGGUCGGGGACUUGAUCAACGCUAUCCACGACCAGAUUGACGCCGCCCUUACUGGAUCAGAUCGCUUCAUAUAUGGCAAUCAUGAGUCAGUUCCGUCCCCUCCCUCAAGCAGCUUCCUGAACCCGCGAACUCCCCCGCCAAUCUCCGUGCGCAGCGUCUCCUCCCGUCCAACACCGCCUAAGAUUCCUUCCUUCCAUUUUUCUCCUCGUCCAACCCGACCCAGUCCUCCGCGUCGCACCACCUCGGCAGUCCCCGAAACCUCUUAUCACCCGCAUCCUGCGACGAUGCCGACGACGAAUCCCUGGCCAAGGAUUCGCCAUGUCCGCGCAGAUGGGGACGAACUCUAUCGCUCUGCGAAUUUUGGCUAUGAACUGGAUGGCGAAAAGCCUGCGAAUGGAAUCGCUGGAGAAGAGGAGGAAGAGGAGUUGUGGAGGCAUGCACGGGGAAAAGGGUGUGAGACCUGGCUCGGUGAUGAGUGUUUGGAGAGGGGGAGGACGAGGUGUACGUUUUGCGAUGUGAGGUUUGUGGACGAGGAAGACAAGGGAAGUUCUGAAUCGUACGGGAGCAUUAAUGAUCCCGACGGUGUGCCGACACCGCGGACAAGGACGAGACGCUCUUCGCCGAAGAGAACCGAGAAUAUUAGCGGAGACGAAGAAUCCACUUCCCAGAAGACAACAGCCCUUAACUCGCCCGAACUCUCGCCUAAAACCAUAGAUCCUCAUCUCCGCGGCGGAGCGAAUACCCAUAUACACCCUUUCGAGUACCGCUGGUUAGACGACUGGCACACAACUUCGCCGCAGCUCACACGACGCACCCGGUUAUCAUCUCGUUCGCACUUCUCGCCCGACUCUAGCCCCUCUAUAUCCCCGUUCUCCCAACGCCACACACUUCCCAGACACAGAAGCAUACCCGAUUUCUACGACGAGAACGGCAAUGCACUAGAAGAGAGCUGGCGCCCUAGCUAUGAAUCAUGUCUCAUGGAGCCUAAUGAGCCGAAGCCAGAGUGUAAGCCGCAUUUUUGGGCUGACGAAGUGGGUGGGGAAGACGAUGAUAUGCGGUGGGGGAUAAAUGAAUCUGAAGCGGAGACUUCGACAUCAGGAGUAGGAUUGAGAGGCGGAUUUAUUCCGCCGCAAAACUCAGCACUUUCUACCCUUCAGUCACCUUGGUUUGGCGAUUUCUUUGGCGGCAACGUGUUUGAUGAGACGUAUGAACUCGAUUUCUACAACGAUUACCCCACUAUCGACAGCUCGUUCUCCGCGUACAACGAGCGAGCAAACCAAUACCACGAGAGACUCGCCGCAAGCCAGCGUCAGAGCCGUCAGAGCCGUCAAGCGCAACGCGCUGAACUCCAACCCCGUCUCGACGUCCUGCGCGCUGAACCACGAGAAGCCGACGCUCAGAUCAAGGAGCUUGAGUCACAGUCGCUGGCCAACGAUGCUCUGAUGGAGCAGCUCGCGGAUCAGUCUCUACUCAAUCUAGAUUUUGGGUACGUUCCCUCUCCCGCUGGUCCCCCUGCUCCUGCUCCCGCGCCUGCGCCUGUUCCGCUGCCAACUCCUACCCCUACUAGUGCUCGUACUGCUCCGUCUUCUCCGUCUCCGUCUUUUGCUUUUUCUCCUUCUCCUUCUCCUCUACCACAAUCAAACGACGAUGCGCUCAAAGACGCACUAGAGAAGCUGAGGGCAUCGCUCGUGGAGAAAACGCAAACGCAAAGGCGCACAGCAGCACCGCCGUGGGAAACGGAGCGCAUCACAGACGGUCCGUGGGUUCCAGAAACGGUCGCGGGGCCUUCGGACCCGAGUAGAAGGGAGAAGAAGAAGCCGAGGGAAGAGGAGUACGAUGGCAUGCUCUGGGGGCCGUAUACGUGA